GUCAGAGGCGACCAAUAAAUUUAUCGAGCGGGUGUUGGCAUGGAGACUGCCGGACAGAGCUCGGUUGGAUGGCCCGGAGGGCGAUGAGAGGGCACUCGAGAAUCCUCCAUGAGACCGUCACGGAGAAAUUGGAGGCAGCUACGGCACCCACGGCACCCAUGGCCCAGGGGGGCGAAGGGGGAGAGAAGAGGGAACGUGUUCGAAGGAGGAUACUAACGUCGGAUUUCGAGCACUACUGCGGUUCCCCGAUAUUUCAAACGCGCCCGAAUCACGGAGCGGGUUCUCGAGGCAACCGAGCGCGAGAAAAUUGUACCAAACUGCAAAUGAAAAAGAACGUUCACGGAGCCGAGAUUCCGCCCGCGAGGAAAAAGGAGAGGAACGCGAAUGGAGGAUGGAAUAUUACGCGGGGCCGCGUUUCUAGAGAAAACCGUCGUAAUUCUUUUAACAAGGACCGCGCGUGGGAAGCUCAGGAAAUUGAUGAUCAGGUGUUUAAUAAUAUGUGUAAAUCUUUUGACGAAAAAGAACAUGAAAUUUGAAAAGUUCGACGAGAGAAGCGUUUCAACGACGAUCUUUGGAAGGAGAAGCAUUUUCGGACGUACGUUCGGAACUUUUUUAUUGCUCGAAAUUAAAUUUUCUAUUUGAUUUCGAGCUAGUGUCCUCUCGUUUGGUUAGUACCGUGUAGAGUUUUUAUCGUGGAAACGAGUGCGCGUACCGAGGGGCGCGAGAGCUCGUCGACAUUUUUGAAUUAAUCUCAUUCGACUGCUCCCUUUAUGCGGUGGCUCUCCCUCAUAUAUCCCGUGGCGAGUCGUUCCUAGCCGCUUCGUGGCUUCAAGGUUAAUUGGAAUGAAAGCGAAAAAGGAAAGAACACGGCCGAAAGAAAAGGGGGAUGCUACAGAGGCGGGUCGGAAGACAGCGACAAUGUUCUUACAACAAAUUUUCUGCCAACUCGCUCGUCGACAUGUAAACUUUCGAGAUUCUAAACGAAACCUAACGCUGCUGCUGGCCAUAAGAGAUCUGCUAAAAAUUGGGCGAUCGAAAACUCUUAUGUGCCCGAGGCAAAUAGUUAAGAAUUCAAAGAUUUACAGUUUUCAAAAAAUUGGUCCGACACAUUUCCUACAUCGUAAAAUACCAAUGCAUCGGACUUUAUUUCUAGCUUUCAAGAUAUAGACAGGACUCUGGUUUUUUCGAUAAUUCGAGAAAAGAAAGUUGACACACAAAUGUUACAUUAGCGCGCGGUAAAUCUCUUCAAAAUUUCUUAUUUAAAAGUGACAAAUCAUCAAUGGUUCAGUAGUCGUUUCAAAAAUACAGAGAUUUCUCUGGUCACAUUGACGUAAUAACAGGUUAAAGACAGACAAUGGAUUACAAUAAGCAGAUUAAAGAAGAAAGCGAUUGUCACAUCUGGUUUGUCCUUGCAGUGAUUGUAGUGUCGUUGAUGUUCAUCCUAUAGUGAAAUCUCGGGAUAUCACGAAGAAGCGAGGGUCGCGAGAGAAUAAAGAGAAGGAAAUUAGGGUGCGGAACAGGUGUACCGCUUGAUCUAGAAGCAGGGUUGUCCUUUCAUAGUCUCUCGGAUAUACGGACCAUUUACCUUUAUGUGGUAUUACGCGCGAAGAAGCGGGAGGGAAGGCCCAUUCAUGUAAACCUUCAGAACGAAGCGCGAUCUCGAUUCCCCCCGAAACUGCAACCUCUCGUCUCAAGUAAACCACGGUAAACAGUCAAUUAUCGAACAUUCGUUUCUACGAGUCAGGUCACGAGAUGUAAUUCGAGACGACGCUGCGCUGUGUAAGCGAAACCGGAAAUCAACGUGACGCGGAAUUGCACGUGACGCGACGGGUCUGCGCAGGAUUGGGUGGAUUUUCUCGUAACGAAAAAUCGAGGUUCGCCAUUUCUGAAUGACGAAAGCUUUAAGAUUCCCAUGGUUUCGCUGUUAAAUUGUCGGAAGUAAGAUAUCGCGUAAGAUUAUUUCUCAAUACUUAAUAUGUAAGAAAUAGAUUAAUCUUUUCGCACGUCAUACAAAAUGUUCAUUAGUAUAGAUCGAAUUAUUCCGCAGAUCUGAAAAUUUCAAAUCAAUUUCGAGCUAAUUUCCCACCAAUUGAAAAGUCUUUGCCGGAUUUGUUUCAGAUGAACGUUCAAAAAGGAAUCCUUGUUCCACUCGUGGUCACAGGGCAAAACUUUAAAAGACCUUAAUUUUCGAUUAGCCGCUGGAAACUGACCCUCCACGACACACAAAUCGAAAUCGUGUGCCGAUAUCGGGACUCUCUAAUAGAAUUUCAUGCUUAUCGAGAAUUGGACGUGUCAGGGGAAUCGAAUGGAGGGGUAAAUGGGGGUCCUUUCUGCCGGACGCGAAGUUCGGUCAGGCGAGGAAUUGAUAAUCAAAGCAACCCCGCUAAAGAUCGAUCGGAGUAGCCCGUUAGAUUCGAACAGCACCCAAUAUCUCUUAUUACGCACCAAUAUUAUCUCAAAUAAUCGAGAGUAAAAGAAGGAAUAGAGAAUAGCAAAUUACUUUGCAACGAUGACUGUUCCAACACGGACAUUUUAUUUCAAAUAAAUUUCACAUGAUUUAUGAAUUUCCAUGAAGGCUACUUCACGUUUUCUUUAAUGCGAAAGCCAGCCGCGUCGCGUUUCCAAUUUUGUCAAGUUGUCACGCGUACAAAAAUUAUAUUAUUCCUCUUUGAUUUACGUGCAGAUUUGCACAGAAGCGUCUUAGUAAAAGUAACUACUUUUUUAACGAGUGGGUUUGGCAAUUGAAGUGAAAAUCUAGUUGCUCCUUCGAAACGCUGCCAUGCACAUUUCG